AUGAUAGAAACAGCAUGGGGAGGCGUUCCGCAUGCCGUCGUCCCUCUCCAUGAACCUUCCAACGAGAAGGUCACAAAUGUCGGUGAUAUAGCACCACAAACAGCAUCUUCUUUGGAAGCUCCUCGUGAAUCAUCGGCGUCAGUCAGCGCUGAAUAUGAGCAUGUCUACCCUGAAGGUGGAGCGCGUGCUUGGCUCGUGGUCUUUGGAUCUUGGUGCGCUAUGUUUGCAUCACUCGGCAUAGCCAACACAUUGGCUUCCUUUCAAGCCUAUUUGUCCAAGAAUCAACUUUCUGGUUAUAGCCCCGGGCAGAUUGGAUGGAUAUUCUCGAUUUACACCUUUUUGUCAUUUGCUUGUGGCAUAUACAUUGGUCCUCUGUUUGAUGUGUAUGGCCCUCGAUGGCUCAUUGUUCCAGGCAGUGUCUGUGUGGUACUGAGUAUGCUGUUACUGGGAGUCUGUACAGCUCUCCUAUUUACGCCGUCCGUUGCAGCCGUUGGCCACUUUUUCAACAGAAGACGUGGCACCACGACCGGAAUUGCAACGGGUGGAGGAGCUGUAGGAGGGGUCGUAUUUCCCCUCCUCCUGGAAUCACUUAUUCCACAGGUCGGAUUGGCCUGGGCAACACGCAUAAUGGGCUUUGUCAUCCUCUGCCUUUCCAUGAUCGGCAUUCUCCUCAUCAAAUCCAACCUUCCACCAUCCCGUACCGCAAAAUCGCCACAUCCAGAUUUCCGAAUUUUAGCACAACCCGCGUUCUUCUUCACCGUCAUGGGUAGCUUCCUAAUGGAAUGGGCCCUCUUCGUUCCGUUGACUUACAUUACCUCGUACGCUCUUCACGCGGGAUUCAAUACUCCUUUCUCGUAUCAAAUCCUGCCUAUUCUAUCUGCUGGUUCUGUCUUUGGUCGCUUCUUUCCUGGCCUCUACUCCGACUUCAUUGGGCGCUUCAACCUCAUUCUUCUCUGCACCAUUCUGACCAUAAUCUCCAUAUUCGCUAUCUGGCUGCCAUUCGGGACAACGACGCCGGGGAUUGUGGUGUUCGCGGUGCUGUUUGGCUUUAGUAGUGGGAGCAACAUUAGCUUGACGCCAGUAUGUGUUGGGCAGUUGUGCAAAGUAGAGGAGUAUGGGAGGUAUUAUGCUACUUGUUACACCAUCGUCAGUUUUGGUUGCUUGACAGGAGUUCCCAUUGCAGGAAGUAUUGUGCAAGCUUGUGGGGGAAGUUAUUGGGGACUGAUUGUCUUUACUGGAGGGUGCUACGUUGGAGCGUUUGUUGCAUUUGCUAUAGCGAGGGGGCUUGGUGGUGGUUGGAGAGUCAUGAUGAAGUAUUGA